AUGCGAUGCUUCAGAUCCAGAAACUGGAUUUGCUCAAGUGUUUUCAGUCUAUCGAUCGAUAUCGUCUCAAGACAGCCAAGCUCCUACGGAACCUUGAAGCUCAGUCCUGGAACCAAUGAUCUUGCAACCCUGAAGACCAUCUUCCUCCUUUCCUGUUUCACCGGAAAAGUCCUUUGCUUGCUUCAAACACCUCUAAAGCUCGCACCUUUCAAUCCGCCUCAACCUUCAAGAAACUUUCUGAAGUGA